GUGGAGCACCCGUUGUUCUGCGUGUGUCAGUGGAUGUUUCAAUAACGGGCUGAACCCUAUGCUGUGAUUGGCUGAUCAGCGGGAUGCUCAGGUGCUGGAGGAGGAUGCAAGCAGCUGCUGGAUCUCACCAUGUGUAUGGGGAGAGAUAGCCACUCUGAGAGGGGGGAAGAAAGCUGACUAAAAAGGGCUAAUCAAUUAUUAGCCAUUUCAUUUAUUCCUCAAACAAUAACCGCUGCAGAAAUACGCCGCUGUAAACAGACUCAAAUCCUGUAAAUCAGUUCGCACCAGUCGGCGCCCCGUAAGUCAAAGCGCGUGACUGUGUGUGUGCCUGCGUGGGAAAUCACAUAUCACCGAUCAAUGGAAGUUAACAGAGCCAAACCCGUCUCGCUGUCCGUGCGUGGACGUCUGUAGCUUCCGAACACCCCUCGGAUGUUGAUUUCGCUGACGUCCAGGCUUUAUCUGCAAAGUCUUUAAAGGCCAACCAUUUGUGAUUCCAGCGUCUUGACCUUUGACCCUUGACUCCGAAGCAGUGAUGGGACGUAAACUGGACCUGUCUGGUCUGAGCAAUGAUGAAGCGGAGCAUGUGCUCAGAGUGGUACAGAGAGACAUGCAUCUCCGUAAGAAGGAAGAGGAAAGGCUCAGUGAAAUGAAGCAGGAGCUGGAGGAAGAGGGCAGUCGUUGUUUGCUUCUGUCUAAGCAGCACAAGUUCAACGAGCAUUGCUGCAUCCGCUGCUGCUCUCCCUUUACCUUCCUGCUCAAUCCCAAGCGCCCGUGUCUGGACUGCCAAUACAACGUCUGCAAAUCCUGCCGCACCUACAGUCAGAACGAGAGGGGCUACAUCUGCGGCGCCUGCCAAAAGAGCAGGCUCUUGAGGACACAGUACCUUGAAUGGUACUACAAUAAUGUGAAGAGUCGGUUUAAGAGAUUUGGCAGCGCCAAAGUGCUGAAGACUCUCUACAGGAAACACAUCAUCGAAAGAGGAGCAUUAUCUGAGUUACCAGAAGUGAGUGCUCAUGAAGGCAGUAAUGAUAAUGGCAGUAUUUGUGACGGCAGUGACUCCACGCUCUACAGGCAGAGUGAAGGUCACAGCAUGGCAGACACACUCACCGUUGCUCUGCGUGUGGCAGAAGAGGCGAUAGAGGAAGCCAUUGCUAAAGCUGAGAGCUACAGAGACAGUCUGGAGAAACAGAAUGAGGCUCGUUAUUUGCGUGACCACAAGGAAGAGCUCAUAGAGGAACUUGCCACAACAAUUGUUCAGAAAAUCAUUCAGAGGGGAAAACGGUCUGAGAUUCAGGCUGAGUAUGAGUUUGUAUGGCCUCAGAGUAGUGAACUACCUUCCCCUACCUCAACACAAAACACACACACAACGCAGCAUUCACAUACCACCUCUCAGCACGGCCCAGUAGCACAGACCGACAGUACCAGCUCCUAUCUGCUGAGGAAGUCAAGAUCAGCAUUCUCUCUGACAAGUGACGAUUCUCCAGAGAAGGGCCCUGAGGUGGGCAUGGCCCCAGGGGUUCCGGAGAGCGCUGAAGUAGAGACAGCAAUCCAGAACUACUCUUCACUCAGGAGAGAGUCUAGAGCAUCAUCACUUCCUGGGUGGAAGAGUGUUGACCGCCUUGACAACUCUAGUGCAUCUUCAGUCCUGCAGUCCCCUGAUGGUAACUGGAUCGCCUUGCAGAGUUCCCAGCAUUCUCGGCCCAGUCUGCUGACCAAGCGCAAGAGUCUGGUUUUUAGCGUGCUGGAGAAAGAGUCAGGCGUUGUGUCUGCAUAUGACGAGAUGGGCUCUGAUUCAGAUCCCGAGGACCAGGGGGGUUGGGGGGCCGCCCUGUUACAGUUUCGCAGACAUCUCUCCGAUGAAACAUAUUAUACUGACUCUCAACACGACCCUGAAUGGACAUACACCCAACACCCACCUAUUACCUCACCCUCCUCAGGUCAGUACACCAAUACUGAGACUCUGAACUCAGACUCUGAGACAUCUCCUGCCCCGUCCACUCGAGCCCGCAGACCAGCCCAUGGUACGCCACAGAGGAAGAAAGGACCGUCUGAAACACACCUUUAUCCUCCCUACAGACAUCCUGUAAACAGUGCCACUUCACCUCUACUGAGGCCAGAGGUGCUGGAUGUGAACUUUAACCCCCGUCUGGGAGGGGACAGUAGUGAUGGGGAGGAUCAGAGUGAGCAGGUCAAAAGAUCACGGAGACGCAGAAAGAGCAAACGCGAGACAUCAGAGCACAGCCGAGCACAUAAUGCACUGCACAGUGCUGCCACAGCGGAGAACAGUGCCGUCCUCCUCAACGCCAUGAUGAUGCGCCGACAAGAGAGCCAGGAGAACCCAGUCCCUCUGAAUUACCGGACUCCAGACACUGUGACACCUCCUGACCUUUUGACCUCUGACGCUAUGACCCCUGAACCUGACUAUCAAAACACAGUGGCUCACAACUCCAGUGCCGCCAGUCCACCGAUGGUGAGCCAACCAGGGGCCAGCAAACAAGAGUUCAGCAUUCAAGGCCCUUUGCUCAGGGGCUCAUCUGUUAAUGAAAGUCUGGAACAGGAACUGAGAUCCAAACUCUGUGAGCUGGUUGGUCAAGCCAGCGAGAGGGAUGUGUUGUCAUCUGAUUUUGAGCCAGUAAGCGACAAGCAAGAGGACCCAGUAAUGGAGAAAGAAAGUGAGAAACUGAGACCAAGGGAGAGGCGCGAAAGCAAACGAGACAGGAGGGAAGGAAAGUCGAAGGAAAUUGGGAAUCUGAGUGAAAGACAAACAGUUAGAGAGAUAGACACAAGUGAUGCUGUAAGACGGAUAAAUAUAGCAAGAGAAAUGAAGAGAGAUAGGGAGCGACAGAAAGAAAUUGAAAGACAAGUAGAGAGAGAGAGAGAAAGACAAAGAGAGCUGGAGAAACAAAUCGAGAGGGACAGAGAAAGACAACGAGAGAUCGAGAUGCAGGUAGAGAGGAAACAAGAAAGACAGAGAGAAAUGGAGAAACAACUGAAACAAGAGCAAGAGAGACAAUCAGAGAUUGAGCGAGAGAUAGAAAAGAAGAGGAAAAGCAUACGCAUGGAAAAAGAGAAAUUAGAGCCUAUAGUGAGUACAAAAUCCAAAGAGGAAAAGAAACAGGAAUCCUCAGGUAGAGUCAUGGAGCAAAAUAAGUGUUUGAAGGAAGACUACGAUGAAACAGAGAAGCCCAGUGAAGAAAAGGUGAAGAUUUUAUCACCACAAAGAAGCCAAUCAGAAACAGGGUCAGAAAAACAAGAACAGCUUGAGACAAAGACAACAAGGUCUUCAACCACAUCUCCAGACAAUGCCCCUUGUGGUCUGGAGGAGCCAAUGUCUCCAUCAGAGAAGUACUCCGCUGCGUCUUUAUGCAGCAUCACUACAGAGGUUCUGAAGGUUCUGAAUGCCACAGAAGAAUUACUUGGAGAGGCAGAAGGCAAAGGUCAUGACUCUUCUACGGCUAGCACACCCAUGUCCUCAGGCCCGGGCAACAGGAAGUUGGACCAGCACCUCACUAAAAUGGAGGAAAAUGUGUAUUUGGCUGCAGGUGCUGUGUACAGCCUAGAGGGGGCGCUGAGUGACUUAGAAGACUGUGCUCGCAGCAUCAGCAGCGCCACCACAGAGACUGAACUGGCCUUCCUAGAAGAUCAGGUGGCCACUGCUGCUGCCCAGGUGCAGCAGUCCGAACUCCAGAUCUCAGAUAUUGAGGCAAGAAUAUCAGCCCUCAAAACCGCAGGUCUAAAUGUAUCUGCAUGCACACGGUUUUCCAAGUACAAAUCUAAACCUAUGCCCCAGACACUGGACUCAUCUCGCCAUCAGAGGAGAAAGCUGCCUGCUCCUCCUAUCAGAAGUCUGUCAUCAGAAAAGGAAGUCAAAUCCGAGUCACAGAUGAGAUCUGUGAGGCUGUGACAAGAGGCCAUGUGACCUCAGUGAUUCUCAGAUAAGCUCAAUAUCGCUCCGCGGUGAAUGCUAGGACCAUCAGGCUGUUCCACACCAGUGCCUUGAUCCAACUUCUGGUCCUCCAAUUUGAUCAGCCCUAAUGCUACUUGUCUACCCUACACCUGAUCACAACCCAUUCAGGGUUGAUCUCACUUCUGAAGCCCUACAACUCUACCAAUGGAGCUCAUCACCUCCAGUAACCAGAGGACAUGAUUUUCUUUCUCUCUGCCUUAAUGGAGACCAAACUCCUACAACGAACCAUCACAGAGGGUUAUAAUUGUAGAUUUAAACUCAUGUAAUUACUGUAUGUAUACGAUAGAUUGACAAUGGUAAAUGUUAACAAUCUAAGACAUCACCUCGUUCUCUUUUUCUAACGUUUUACUGAGUGUUGUACGUUUGAAUUUGUAUGCUGUAUGUCGCCAAUGUGACUGGGAUGACCAAUGUGACCUUUUUUUUUUUUGCAAAAAGAAGCUGGAGCACAUUUGAAAUUUUAAAUGUAUGAAAUGUCUUUGUGAAAGUAAACAAAAUACCUGCAGGACCUGUUGUAUUUGCAUUGUCAUGUUUCUGUUAUUUUCAUGUGUCACAAAUAUCUCAGGUUUCUUUUUCUGAUGGUCAGUUUUGGAGUUGUUUCGGAGGCGCUGUACUGAACUGCAUCUAAAGUAACUGUGAAAUUCAUGAUUUAGUUUCUAUUUUGUUUUGUAAAAAAAAAAAAAGAGUUAAGUGCCAUUGAAAAGCACUUGACCACCUUGUCAUAUAAUGAGUUUGUGAGUGUGCUUGCAUGAAUCGUAACCCCCCCUGUGUAUUCAUACUUGUCUUCGAAUCAACCUCAUAUAUCCAGUGACCUCUUGAGUAUGAACAUCAAAUUACUGUCAUCUCAGUAUGAAGCACUCUGGUAAUUUGGGUUGUGGCCUCUUUUAUUAAUUAACUUCUUUUAUUAAUCUGAAACACCCAGUUGUGCUUUAGCAUUACAAUCCACCUAGAUACCCAGCUGGACGUACAUACCUAAAAUGCUCAUUUUGGACAUUCAGUCUAAAUCUAAAUUCAGUCUAAAACUGAAGUUUCUGUAAAAAUCAGUAAAAAACAAUGCCCAGUGUACCACAAUAAUAUUAAGGAAUUUUUAGGUGCGUUUUGAAUUACAUGUCGCAUUGUGUUGUAUUCUAGGGUUGAAGGUAAUUUUUGAGCUUAAUGGAAAAGAUAUUUGUCAUUUUCUGCCUGGACAGUUUUUCUCAUUUUUUUCUUUGUUUGUUAUAGUGCUAGUUAGCAUGGAAAACUGUACCACAGUCCAAAUCACAUGAGCUUAAAUUUGACAUUGGUGAACAUUUCAAGAGCCAUUAUGAGCUAUUGAGAUUCAGCGUCGAUUAGAAACCUGACAAAAAAAAAGUUGUCCUCAUUUUGAGCAUUUUAUUAAGCAGGGAUCUCCACCUCCUUAUGCACAAUUACAGCUGUGACAUCAAAUACCGUGUCACAUUAUCAUCAUCGAGUGACUAAGAUGACGUCUGUGCUGCACAGUGUGUGUUCAGACACAAAAAUUGGCCCUGUUAGCUAACAGAAAUUACAAAAGCAUGAACUUUAGUUACCUUAUGAAUGUAUUCCACAGAACCGUCCUUUUUUGAGCCAAUGGAGAAUAAACUAGCAUGAAAUAUACAACUGCACCCCAUACUCAUCCCAUACACACUCUCAAACGGGUCCUGCUCCUUGUUGUUGUCUAUAGCAAUGUUUGUGUAUAAAAGCAUGUAUCGCGUUUCUAAUAGAUGUAAAAAGUCCCAUGAAAAGCACAGUCAAGAAAUUGAAAAUGUC